CCUAAUAAGAGUAAUAACUCUCUUGCAUUGCGCAUUCAACUUACUUGUGUUGAGUAUAGAGAGUAUUUGUGACACAUAUAUGUACGCAAAUGUUAUUUUUAUUUAAAAUAUCACACGGAUAUAUAAUCAACACUUGAUAGAAAAAUUCUGGGAUUGAAAAUGAAAUUACAUACUAUCGUAUAUUACAAAUAUAUGAGUACGGAUUAGAUAUGAGUACGUAUUUACGUUUCCCAUGUUCAAAAGAAAUUACAGACUAUAAGUACAACCGUGCUAAUUGUACACGCUAGGUUACAUGUCCAAAGUUAAUUGUUUGCGCAUAGAAAAUUGAUUUUAAUUUUCAUAAAGGAAAGUGUUUGUGAUCCCAAAAAAUAAAUUGUUCAUGCACAAAUAAUUCGAGAUCACACAAUUCGGGCUCAUAAACACUUCUCUUUACUAAAAUUAAAAAUUAAUAUUAUGUGCAGACAAUUACACCUGGGCAUAUAAAUCAAUGUGUGCAAGUAGUAUUUUCUUAUAAGUAUUGUAUUUGUGACAUUUACUAAAACAGGGUAAAGUUGAUUUGGGUAAAUUUAUUUUUAUGGAAUGAGAAGUUUGUUUUGGGUAUUAAAAUUAGGGAAAAGGUGCAAAUAAGCCCAUGUACUAACAAAAAAAUGUCAAAUAAGCCUUUAUUUAGGAUGCUCUGUCCGGACGUCGUCAUUUGGGGUGGUUCCCGGUGGAAUUUUUUGAUGAAAUUUUUUGAGCAUCUUAUUCAUCAAGUCUAGUUAACUCAUACCAAAUUUCAGCUAAAACUUCAAUCGGGAAGGCAUUCAAAUGAAUUCUUGAAGAUAACUGUGCUUCUAACUGCACAUUUAUUUUCAAGAAUUCAUUUGAAUGUCUUCCCCAUUGAAGUUUUAGCUGAAAUUUGGUAUGAGUAAAUUAGACUUAAUGAGUAAGAUGCUCAAAAAAGUUCAUCAAAAAAUUCCACCGAGAACCACCCCAAAUGGCGACGUCCGGACAGAGCCUCCUAAAUAAGGGCUUAUUUGACCUUUUUUUGUUAGUACAUGGGCCUAUUUGCACCUUUUUCCCUUAAAAUUAAGAAAGUAAUGAAACACCCCAUGAAAGCUAGCUCUCAUCUUCUGGCCAUCUGUUUGGUGCUGGCAGAACUUUGAGAAGGGGUAUGUUUUCUUGGCUUCUGCAUGGUCCAGCUGAAGCUAAACAGCCGCCGCAGGCUGCUGCCGGAACGCAGGAGGAAGAUGAAGGCGAUGGGCAGCACCAUGUAGAUGAUGAAAGCCCGAAACAGCAUCUCGUUCGAUUGCGGCCCGACCCGGAAAUAAUGAGGCAGUGAGAUUAAGAAGAUGACAAUGCAGAAAAUCGAUAGCAGUGGGAAUGGCGGCGGCGGCGGCGUAGCCAUGAUCCCGCUGCCGCUCCAUUGUUCUUCUCUUUGCUGUUGCGGAAUCCAAUCCAUUUCCUGCGUUUUUCCCCUUUCUUUCUUACUUUAUUGCCUCUCUCCGCGCUUUGAUCUGAUCUUUUCUUACUCAUUGCCAGCCGUAUAUAUAGCAGUUAUAUACGGAGUAUAUACACGCCCUAAAUGUCACUCUACCUCACAAAUAAAUGAUGGAAUGAAGGUCAAUGAAGUACAGAAAUCAACUGGUAUGAAAUCCAGUAAAUAAUACAUUGUAUUGCAUAUGAUAUUUCUAAGCUCAAUUUUAUAGUCUUAAUUGAGUAC